UUGGAGAGGCUGCCCAAUGAGAACAAAGUGACCGUACGCUUACGUCACGUCACAAGUACACGCACCAAGUUCAAAGCUGCGUCAACAGUCGUAAUUCUGGCGCACAACGGCGGCAAAUGGAUACCCCCCCUCUCCCGCUCACCAAAUCCACCCCGAAGCCCAUAACUUCUCUUUCUCCAUAAACCCUUAAAAUCCAGACCACAAAAUUGGAAAAGUUUCCGUUCCGACGAAAGCAAGCAGCUUUUCCCAAAAUUCACACUCGUCGCGGGGUUUUCAAACAGCAUCAGCGGCAGUGGAUUCAGCUUCUUCACUGUUCAACGGGUCUGCAUAUUGGUGGUGAAGUUCGUUUUAUACUUGCGAAGAACCUAAGAAGUUAUGGAGAUUUUAGAAGUCAUGAGUAACGGUGUUGAAUCAUGCAAUGGAGAUUUGGUGCAGCUUAGCAAUGACGUGAAAGAAAAUGAUAAUCCGGGUCUUGAAAUUCUCCAGGAUUUGGAUUCUUGUUGGAAAGAAAUCAAUGACCGGUUGACCGUGUCGAGGGUGGUGAGUGACUCGGUCAUCAAGGGGAUCGUUGAUGCGGUCACACAAGAAGCAGCAGAGAAAAUUGCUCAGAAAGAACUAGAGGUGACUAAGCUGAAGGAAAUGUUACACGUUUCCCGCGUGGGUGGUGAUGAAAACGAAUUCUUACCCAGGGAGCGAGAGUCAAAAGGUACGGAAGACAGAUUUAUUAAAAAAGGUGCCAUAGGUGGUGUGUGUCCUAACUUUCUUGAAGCUGUCGUAGAGCAUGAUGGCAUGGAAAAAUCUUUGGGCAUCUUAAGAGGAGCAACUAAAGAGCAGUUCAACAAGCUCAAGAAUGAAGUUGAUAGAAUGAGAGGGUGUAGUUCAAUCAAGAGGAUUGGUUCUGAUUCUCAGUUGUUGGGCUUGGGUGACAAACUGCAAGAUAAUGCAUCUGACAGAUGGAUUGAUGUGGCUAGAUGGUUCGAUAGCCUGAAAGGCACAGUAGAAACUGUCUUUCAACAGGUGGAAGAAAUGGUUAGCUCGGCAAAGGCAUCGGUCUGUGAAUGGCAGCAGGAGCAGGAUUUUAAAGCAGAAAUAGAAGCACUGGUGAUGAGGAAUUGUAUUUGGAGUAUUGAAGAAAAAAAUCGGGACCGGUUUUAUGGCAAUAAGAAUUUGAACUGGCAUGGAAGGAUGGGAGAGAUAUCAAGUUUACGUGAGGAAUUAGAUACCAUUUCUAAAUCACUAUCUGUCUCUGACAUUGGGCACCUAUCUUCUCACGGGUCCUUGGAAGUGGACGAAGAGAGUAAUAAUUAUAUGAAGGGCGACCGUUCACACCACAAGUUUUUGAACAAUCUUAAAUCAUCGCCUUCAUUGUCAUUGACGUCCUCAUCAACCUCAACAUCUACAUCAACAUCAUCAUCUCUUUUGGAAGAAAAUGGCAAACAUGAUGAGUCAGAAAUAAGCAUGCAAGAACGUUUGGGUGCCAACCGGCUUGCGCGUAUGUCAACAGAUGAAUUGACAAGCUUUUACAAUAAUGAGAUGGCUAAAUUGAAGAGAAGUCAUGAGUCUAAAGUGCUAGAAUUGACUGAGCAAAUUUUCAGCCUGAGGAGAGAACCUUUUAGAGAAAGGGGAUCCUCUUUGCCAUCAAAGAAAAGCAAGGAGUUUGACAUGUUGCGUGGGAGAAUCUCCGAGGUUGUUACCAAAUUAGAUGAAGUUCUUGUUGAAAAGGAGGAAGUUGCUACAUGUGGUAAUAAUGAAGAAAGUCUUAGCAGUUUGAAAGAGAGACUGGAAUUACUCAUUUCAGAAAACCACGACCUCAGAGAUUUGCUUGCAAAUAAGGAAAGGGAAGUUAAGUGUCAAGUUUCUGAAGCUGCUGAGAAAACGUCAGAACACUCCAUGUCUGAGGCAAAGUUGUUAAAAACAAAUGCAAAUCUUAAAUCAGCUGUAGAAGAUGCGGACAUUGAAGCUUUAAUUGUUGAAGACACGUAUGCUUGUAUUCUCAGGGGAAUGAUGGAUCAAAUUAAAUGCAUUGCUGAAGAGUCGCAUGUGGAAAAUAUUUAUAUACAAGAAAUUUACAAAAGUAUACUUAAAGAAGCUUCCCACAGUGCUCAAACUGCCAGCCAAUCUGAAAUUGAAGAUUUGAGUAUGGAGUACACUAUCAUGCAAGAACAUUUUGUACUUGUAUUCAAAGAAGCCAUGAAAGAUGCUGAGCAAAAUCUCAAGAACCUGAACAUGAAAUAUAUAGAAGAAAAUGAACUCCGUGUUUCGCUUGAGAUGGAAAAACUAGAAAUAGAGAAACAAUGGGAAGUUGAGGUUGCGAACAGAGAGAGAUUAAAGACAGAAAUAACAUUUCUGUCAGAAGAGAAGGAGCAGUUGGCACAUGAUGCAACAGCUGCAUUGGAAAUUGAAUGGAAGCGAUAUGAAUCAGCUGCUCAGGAGCUACAUAAUUUAAAGGACGAGACAUGUCGGCUACAGAAAUUGAUUUCUGACAGCAUUGAAGAGUCAAAUGCAAUAAAGCAGCACUUAACUGAGGCAUUGGAGCAAAAUGAAAGAUAUAAGGCUGAUGUGUGGGAGCAAGAUCAGAAGCUUGAACUAACAAUGAAAAAUUUGUGCGAAGAGAGGAGAAUGCUUCUUGAUGCUAAUGAAGAGAAGAAAAAGGUUUUUUCUUUGUUUGAACUAACAAAGAAAGAGUUUUGCGAAGAGAGGAGAAUGCUUCUUGAUGCUAACCAAGAGAAGCGAAAUGCUUUUUCUUUGCUUGAAGCAAAAGAAAGGGAGCACAAGCAACAAUUGGAAUCAAUGGCCGUGCAUAUUCGUGAACUUUGGAAAGCCGUUGCUGAAUUUGAAAAUAGAGUAACACAAGAUAUGUCAGGGAAAUGUUCAAGGUUGAGGAAUUUGAGUUAUCAAUUGUGCUUUCUUAAACAAAAAGCUAAUGCCAUUGUAAGAAGGGGGUUGCUGUACGAGCAGAGACUUGAAAAGAAAUGUUCUGCCCUGGAAAAGGCCGAAGCUGAGGUUGAUCUUUUGGGGGAUAAGGUGGAUACUCUAUUGAGCCUUGUUGAAAAAAUACACAUUGCCCUUGAUCAUUAUUCACCAGUACUGAAGCAUUAUCCUGGAAUAACUGAAAUCUUGAAGCUGUUAAGGAGAGAAUUAACUGGAGAAACUAAAGCAGCUUGAUGCACCCUUUUGCCUUGUGUCAGCAGAGUAGUUGUCAGGCAAUUCAUCACCUUUGUCAAAACAGCCAUCCAAGAAAAAGUUGAUGAGCCGGAAGAGAUAUUCCCAUAUGAGAGACAUGUUGCAGAAGCAAAAUUUGACGAAGGAAUGAGAUGUGAAAUGGUUCGCAACCAAUACGGGCAGUGCGCAAAUAGGGAGCUUGGUUUUUGUGAAGCAUAGUUUUUACUCGGUUCUUUUUGUCUAGGAGCCGAGGUAGAACCUCGUCUGGAGUUGACCGCUAGUUCCUCCUACUUCCAUGGUUGGAAGAAGUUGUUUUAGAGUUCACGUAGGUUUAGAGCCUGUUUUGUAUGUGUGCCAUAGCAAUUAAUGAAAUAAGUAAAU